AUGGGCAACCACAGCAGAGACGCUGCUAUCUCCUCCAUCAGCAUAAAGGUGGCGCACUUCAAGAUGGACAAGUUGGCGCCGUCCUCGCUGACCAAAGCGGUGCUGCGCCAGGGGGAUCUGCUUGCGAUUUCAUCGUCUUUGGAGUGGAAGCGCAUCGUCCAUGCUAUGCGGUAUCCAGGGCUGAGCGAGUACGUGUUCGUUCCGCACAAAUACAUCCAUUCCACGCCAAUCCUGUCCCCGACGCCAGGUGGCAUGGACUUUGAAAAAUCGGAGACGCUGACGAAACCACCUCACUUGAACAAAUUGAAAACUCAGCAAGUUAGUACCAGUAGUAAUGAUUAA